AUGAAUUUUCCUUUCCAGGUUACCAAGGCAGGAGAUAUUGCCACCAGAGUUACUAUGGGCAUCGCUGCCAGUAGCCCACAUCUAGAGAUGCCUGAUCUUAUGCUGCUGGCACGGCCAGUUCCAUGCCUAACAGAACGGUGUGAAUGUCAGUGUCCUGAGGCACUGCCUUUCCCAGAUGAGGAGCUGCAGCUGUUUGCGCUUCUCCCCUUGAAGUUUGUCCGUCUCUAUAUUCAUGAUGAGUCACGGUUCCAGCUCAAAGUCCGCCUGGCUAAUGGCCGCACUUUUUAUCUGCAGCUUCUAACACACCCCCUCAAGCAGGAUGAGGUCUUUGGGCACUGGGUACGGCUACUAUACCGCUUGCGCUUUUACCGCUGUGAUGCCCCCCUUACUUAUGAAAAGGAGACUGCACUGCAUCAUCGAGUCCAAACAUCUACAGAAUCAUCUGGAGUCAUCAAACUUUGUGCUACAAUAACAGUAAUGGAUUCAGGCUUUAUUUUACCUCAGAAAUGGUUGGAUGAUACAGAAGAUGCUCUAAACUUGAGUGUGGAGAAUGGACUGAUGUUAGAGACUCAUCCAGAUUUUUUGGCUCACCAGAUCUUAAACAGUUUUUAG